AACUGUUGUAAAUUUCUUCUAAUUAAAUUAAAAUCCAUCUGUUACGCUGCGGGCAGCGGGUAGGGUGUACGGUCGAGAUGUCUCGGACGGCGGAAGCUUCUUCUCCGGUGCCGGCGGGAGAGGGCCGACAGAGAGAGGAAGACGACGGCGACGAAGACCACGGAGGGGUGCAUCCGGCGAUGAAGGCGGUGGUGUUCGCCUCCAUGGCGGGAGCGAUGACGUGGACGGUUGCGCGGGGAAACACGGCGGCGGAAUUGCCGAGGCUGGACGAGCCCUCGGAGGUGGCGCUGCAUCUUCUCGUCACCGCGCUCCUCCUCGUCUCGCUGAUUCUCCUCCUCGCUAUGGCCCUCACCGGCUGCGUCCACGCGGUCGGAAAAUUCCGGAAAUCGAGGAAGACGACGUCGUUCUUCUACCAAGAGAAUCAAUCUGCGUCGCCAUUGUUAUUGGUCUAGCAAGAAAUUAAAAACGCGCAGUCGAUUUUGCCUGUAACAAAUUUGUUGUGAGAAUAAUUCAAUCGUCAAUAUUGUAUUUUAUCCACGUGUACAAAUACAAAUGAAAUCCAUAAUUUUGAUUUGUGUUUUUUUAUUGAUUUACUAGUAUCACACCCGUGCGUUGCACGAGUCAUUUUUAUGUUAUUAAAUUAAGAUCAUUUUU